UGGCGCGGUCGUCAGCGGGCCAGCAGAAGGAAGGCAUAACUCGCAACACGUCCCACCACCCAGCACCACCGCCCGUAGCAGCAGCGAUGCCAGUGAUCAGAUCACCGUAAAAAAUCAAUAUAGUUCCCCACCCCGACACUCUCCCGACAGGCUGAUCAUGACAGCUCUCUCGGGAUUAAUGGCGGGUUCGCAAUGUUCGCAUGGACGUAGCCAACCAAUAGGAAAUGCACAAUCUUGCUUCAAGUAUAUCUCAUUUAUUCAAUUUACUUAAUUUUUCUUUAUGUCAUUUGGAAUUUCACAGCACUAAAUGCAUAGCAAAAUUGUUGCAAAAGUGAAAUACCAUUGGUUCGAUCCAAAAGUAAGAACCAAUCAUACGUACCUCUUGCUCAGUGGCUGUUGUGACUGUUGUGAGUGUCAUCAUUAUUCGACCACUGUUUAUAACAGAGAGCGGCUUGUGACCAUUGUGACUACGAUAAUUCCACAAUAGAAAACUAAUCAAACCUAUAAUAAUGUAUCAUACGUUUGCAUGAGAGGUUUAGACAAAAUCAAGACAAGUUUGAUAAAUAAACGAGGAUAUAAAAGAGAUUUGUGUACCAACCACCAAACCACCAAACCACUUUCAUCAGAUGAGUAACAAGAAACAAGCGACGGAAGAUGACAAAGUACAGGGUUUCAAAAGAGGCUUGGAAGCAGAUAAGAUCCUUGGUUCGGCAGAUGACAAUGGAGAUUUAAUGAAAGGGACAGAUGCAGUUGACAUGGUAUCUGCCGAAGAAGCCAAUAUCAAAUGUCCACAAAUCGUUAUCCGAUUCUAUGAGGACAGAAUAACUUGGAAUAAGGCAAAAGCAUGAAACAGAUGCGCUUCCUUCAACAAACACCUCCUGCAUCCUUUUAAGAAACUCAUUUUUAUUACGAUCGAAAUGUCUAAUAAAUAUCUUGGCUAAUGCAA